AUGGCCCCAGCCAAGGGCGACGACGACAAAUGGGCGACGGCUGAGCUCACCUCUACGCUAGCAGCCCACGUUGUCUUCCAGCGGCAUAAUAUGGUGUUACCUCCAAGGAUUCUACCAGACAAUGUUGAACGCGCCAUCCAAAUCCUGGAUCAGCACGACCCGUCAACAGCGAAAGCGGACGUCAAGGACCUCAAGCCAAUUGACUACGCCGAAUACACCAUCAAAGAUGACUUGCGGCCAAUGGCUAACGCAGCUGGCAUGCGCAACCUCCAUCAAGAAGGAAUAAAGAAAGGCAGGCUAGUUGAACUACUGACAGAGUGGGAUUUACAAAAUGUCCCGCUCAUGGCGGUUCUGCUACCGCGCUCGGACAAGGCCAUUAAAUCCGCCAUCCCUAAGCAGGUCGUUUCGACGCGGAAAAAAGCUGGAACGGAGCCAGCGGAGUCGAAGAAGCGCAAUGCUGCGCCAAUUAAGGACACAGCAUCCAAGAAGCCUCGGAGCGAACCCAACGCUUCCCCAGAGGACCACGACGUCGAGACCAAUGACCAAAACGAACCAAAUAACGGCGGGUUCCGCUUACAACCUGCUAUCGAGGGCAGCACAUCACCUCGAACGUUAGCUCAGGCACGCACGCGUCUCCGCAAGCCUCGAAACGGUCAGCCGCUUGCCACCGAGACGCACCUCGAAGCAAACAACAGCAUAGUCGGACUGGCGCAUAAAGAGGUUGGGGAAGACGAAAGCAUUAGCAAGGACGAUGCAUUGGCCCACAGCCGCGAAGAAGACGACAACAGGUUCGAGACUGAGGUUGAAGAGGUGCAAGUGGCAGGGUCAGAGCGACAUCGUACUAAACGGCAAGCGACUAGGAGCGGGAAAGGCAAGAAGAAGAACAUCAAGGCUGGCACAACGAAAGAUAUGCUCAACAAAGAUGGCACGCUAAAGACUGCCAAACAACUUGAGGAGGAGCAGCGUCUGAAAGAUGAAGAGGAGGAAAAGAAGCUGCACGAAGCGCGCUCACUAGGUCACUACUCAGACCCUAUCCUCGCAAAGCAAUUUCGUGUCGUGCACAAGACAGUUCGUGCUCCCCUGGACGGACACAUCCGACCUGGUGUCAAGCCUGCACCUACUGAUCAGCUGGGCUCAUGGCGUCUGCACGAGCGUCUCAUGAAUCAGGCAAAAGAAGAAGGGAAAGACCUCGAUCUCUGGAUGGGUGGCGGAGCGUCGCCAUCAAGGAAUGGUUCCGAAGAGGAUAUCUACGAAGAAUGGUAG